AACCGAUCUCCAUGAUUUCUCCAACAAUGUUUCUCCUAUCGUCACCUAGCACUUCGUCGUCCAUCGGCCACACUAAUGGGAUGCUGCGAUCACGAUCAGAAGAUAAUCUUAAGAAACUUGGCGACUGCAUGGAGAAUAUGGAUGAAGACGUCUCUAAACUCUUUAUCGAGUUCCAACAAACUGAUCUCCGUGAAGAUCCCGAGUUGUUCCGUCUUCUCAACCAUUACUUUACCACUAGCAAAGGUGUUUCCCAGCUCUGCGAGUCUCUUAAAACGUGCUUAGAGAGAUCCGAGAACAACGAGUGUCUCUUAAUUGAUGAAGCACUAGUUGAUUUUGAGCUAGAGAAAUUAGGUUAUGGUGGGUCACUCGAAGAAGCUAGUUUCAGAAAAACCUUCCGAGAUCUGAGGAACUUCAAUGCCUUUUAUAACAAUGACGACGACGACGACUUGGAUUAUUGCGAGUUUCUCAGAAAGUUUCAGACCUGUCACGAAGAGCUGGCGAAGAUGAUCGUUAAACUGGAGAAGACGAUGAAAGAAAUCGACAAAAAGCUGAGACGUGUUCGAGGACGAAGAGUUAUUGACUUAUUGUGGAGAAAAUCAACAGAAUCGUUGAAACGGGAGAAGACGGCCAUGAGUUCUAUGGAAAGAGCAACGACGGUGGCUCUCAAACAAGUCGAGAAAAUUAGUAAACUCGUGAGUCGAUUGGAUACUGUGGAGAGGUCGAUUCGUGUGACGGCGGAGUUUGCCAUUAAGAAAAGGUCUCCGGUGACUGUAGCUAUGGGAGAGGUGGAGUUGGAACAUAAGAGAUUGAAGUCAACUCUCGUUGACUUAGACAGAGAGACCGGACUUUGCGAUGGUUUUGCUCAGUUUGGGCGUACGGUGGCUUUGGAGAAGAUUACCGAGUUUCUUUCUCGUGGCGACAAGAGCUCGAAAUAGUUGAUCGAGAUUGUUUUGUUUUCUACCUUUGUUAAUUUGUAGUUACUCGUUAGAAUUUUGUUGAAUUUUUGUUACUAUUUUGUAGAUACCAUUCUUGUCUCAAUUACAGUUGCUUCUGUGCAAGUAAUUAAGAAUAGCAAAUUCC